CUCACAUGUUAUUUUGAUCGGAUCGCAAAUAGUUGUUUUUUUUUUUUUCGCUAAUUCAAUAUAAAAAAAUCGCUGGUAAAAUGAUAAAAAAAGAAGAUAAAAUCAAAGGUCCACUGCAAAGGGCGCUGCAAGUCUUUGAAACAAAUACAAAAUCACCAACCGAUUAUCUAAAGGAGCAGAAAGAGUUUGCCGAGAAAAAUCGUCUAUUAUUGAAGUCAUUAUUUGAUUAUGCAAAAGCAUCGGGACCACAUUUUCAAUCAAAAACAUUGCCAGACGAAAUUUUCGUCGAACAUAUGGAUGAAGAGCAGAUAUGGCAACAGUUAGAAAUGCAAAAUGAUUCAUUUUGGGAGAAAUGUAUGAGCGAAACUUGCCGAUUGUUGUCGUUGAAUGAAAAUAAAUUGACAUUUAAAGUGAAUUAUCCCGGCCAAGAGCAUGCGACACAGGAGAAUGGAAACGAAGCAAAUGAGGUGGAAGAAUCGGAUGGCUAUGGUGAUAGUGUUCAAAAUGAGUCCGGCGAAGAAGUUGAAGAUAAAGAAGACGAAGAAGAUGAGGAGGAAGGCGAUGAAGACGAAGAAUCUGUUGGUGACAGCGAUGUGGAUGGCGAAACAGACGAAGAUUCGACUGUUAAAGCAUCCAAAACCAAAGCCGCUGUGGAUGAUGAUCAAUUUGUUGAUGACCAGUUUUUCAAAAUUAGUGAGAUGGAGGCAUUUCUUGACAACGAAGAUAAAAAAGAGCUCGAUCGAUUGAAUGGCAAACGACCUAAACAAGGAGACUCAGAAGAUGAAAUUGAUUAUUUCGACUCGUUGUCCGAUGCUGAAGACAGUGACGAUGAAACAGAAAUUGGUGCAAAAGGAAAAGAUAUGAUGUUUGCUGACUUUUUCGAUGCAGAAGAUCAGGGCAAGGUCGAAACACCAGAAGAGAUAAGGCAACGUAGGCGAGCCGAAAAAGAGGAGAAAAAUCGUCGCAAGAAACAACAAAUGAAAGAAGAUUUGGGUUUGGAUGACAGUGAAGCUGAAAAUAGUGAAACCGAUGGAAAUCUACUCGAACAAGAAGAAAGCGAUCACAAUGAAAGCGACGAUGAUGAGGUUGAAAAGUCUGAAUUCGAUUUGCGACAGCAGCGAUUGAAGAAACGUAUCGAAGAAUUGGAAGAGAAAGCAUUGGGCGAAAAACCAUGGCAAUUGAAAGGUGAAAUAACCUCAUCAACACGGCCAAAGAACUCUUUGCUUGAAGAAGUAUUGGAAUUCGAUUCAGUUGCCCGUCCACCGCCGCUAAUUACCGAAGAGACAACUCUGUGCUUGGAAGAAAUUAUCAAACGUCGCAUUAAAUCGAAAGCAUGGGAUGACGUUGAGAGAAAAAUCAAACCAAUCAAUGACCAGCAAGAUUUUCGAAAGAGCUUAGUUCUACAACAGGAAAAAAGCAAAGAGUCCCUGGCACAAAUUUACGAAAAAGAUUAUUUGGAAAAAGUGCAUAAGCUAAACAAUCUGGACGAUGACACGAAGACCGAUGAACCACCGGAACAUAAGGAUAUUCGCAAAGCAAUGAAAGAUUUAUUCAUCAAAUUAGAUGCUCUAUCAAAUUUCCAUUUUACAUCGAAGCCGGUAGCGGCCGAGGCUAGAAUUAUAACAAAUAUUCCGGCAAUUGAAAUGGAAGAAGUGGCACCAGUUGCCAUUAGUGAUGCCACAUUGCUGGCGCCAGAAGAAGUCCGAACACGACCGGUUGGUGAUGAAAUUGGUAAAACGGAGAGAACAGAUACCGAUAAAAAACGCGAACGUCGCAAGAAGAAAAACAAGCAAAAACUGAUGAAACAACGUAAUGAUAAACGGGUCGAAGAAAAGGUAAAGCAAGGCAUCAAGGUUACAACGAAGGAAAAACAACAACAGUUAUUGAAUCAAGUAACCAAGAGCAGGAAUGUUAUUAAGGGCAAGAGCUCAACGAAUGACGAGAACAAAGCGUUAAAAUCGUCGAAAUCAUUCUUCACCCAAUUGCAGGACAAUAUCUCAUCAACGGUUAAAUCAAAGUCAUUGGGUAAAAAGAAGUCAAGAGGCGAUCUGACAAAAGAUGAAUCAAGUGCCAAGAGAUUUAAAUUGUAGAUGAACUCAUCAAAUAAAUCAAUUUCAAAAUAAAAUAAAAUUAUAUGCACAAUUUUAGCAGGA